AUGUCGAUAUCCGCUCAGCCUGUCCACCAUCAUCGGAAUACCACUAAGGUUGAUCAUAAGCAGUUCAAGUCACGGCAUGCUACCAAGAGCGCGCUGAAAGACGCCGCCAAGGGCAAAGUCGAACGAGAAGAACGAGGAAAGAGAAGGACGCCGCAUCAGCAAGUCAUGUCGAAAUUGGUGAGGAGGAACCAAGCGAAACAAUCUCGGAUCCACCACAAGAUUAAGAAAGAGCAGGAAACGGAUAUCUUCAAGGGUGCAGAAGGAGCUCCCAAGCAUGUUGCCGUUGUACCAUUGUCUAAGGAAGUCGAUGUCAGACGUGCAAUCAACGAGAUGAAUGCUGGUGUAGAUAUCGAGCCGAGUAUGCAGGAGGAGGGUAUUGUUAGGACACGUAUCGAACGAUACGGACGCAAUGUUCUAUUCAUGCCUGCGACAAUGAACAUGCUUAAUGCACUCGAUGUUUGCAAACUGGCUGAUUUUGUGCUAUUCGUCCUAGCCGCUGCCGAAGAUCUACACACAGAGGCUGAGAAUCUACUGAGGGUUAUCGAGGGCCAAGGUGUAACCAACGCACUUUUUGUGGUUCAGAAUGCAAAAGAGACUGUUCCGGACAACAAGCUGAGCAAAAGGCUCGCCGAGCUGAAGAUCCAGACUGGUCACUACUUUCCCGACCCUGACAAAUUGGUCGUCUUAGACAACAAGAACGAUUGUGCUCUGCUCAUGCGGAAGAUUUGUACUCAGAGCACGAAAGGUAUCAGGUGGAGAGAUGCACGAAGUUGGAUGCUGAUUGAGAACACUCAAUGGUCAGUGCCAAAAGCAAGCACAGAGACCGCCAACGUCAUUCUGAGCGGCUUGACCAGAGGGAAAAGCCUCAACCCAGAUCGUCUAGUGCAUGUGCCUGGUUGGGGGGAGUACCAGGUUGCAAAAAUCACUCAAAUACCUUUGAAGCCUCUAAAGAGAAAGGCUGAUGAGAUGACUAUGGACCAAGACCGCAAGGGCACCCUUCCAUCUACAGAACAGGACGACUUAACAGAGCUUGCUCCCGAGCAGGCCAUGACGAACACUAUUGCAAGCUCGAUUGAUCACACAGAGCAGAAAGGUGUAUUGCUCGAUGACCAUCACUAUUUCUCGGACGAUAACUCUCACAUCCCUCAACAGCCCAAGAAACUUCCACCAGGCACGUCCAAGUACCAAUCGGCGUGGUAUCUCGACGAUGUAUCUGAUUCGGAAGAUGAGGCUAUGGACGAAGACAUGCCUAUCGACGACGCUAAUGAAGACGCAGCUUCAGAACAACCCGAAGACGGUGCUAUUGCUCGCGAAGAUGCUAUGACGGAUAUACCCGCGACGGAAUACCCAGACACGGAAAUGCAUGUUGACCAAGACGAGGCCGAGGAAGCACGCCAGCUAGCAGAAUUUCGAGCCUCGCGCAAGAAAGAGGCAGAAGAAGACCUGGAAUUUCCAGACGAGAUAGAGCUUCACCCUGACGUGCUUGCUCGCGAACGCCUUGCUAAGUAUCGUGGUCUUAAAUCACUGCGUACCUCGGAAUGGAACACAGAAGCCGAUGCUCCCUAUGAGCCUGCCGACUACAAGCGUCUGCUACAAGUGCCUGACUACAAGAAAUCUUACAGUGCUGUCAUGAAAGAGUCUCUAGCUGGUGGUAUCCCUGCCGGUUCCAGAGUGGAGAUCGAACUACAAAAUGUCUCUACAAGCCUUCAGUCCACUACUCCAUCCUCCCUUUUCAGCCUCCUCAAACACGAACACAAACAAGCAGUAAUCAACCUCAACGUCAGUCUCUCAUCCUCCCUCACAGCACCUAUCAAAUCCAAAGAAGAAAUCAUAGUCCAGAUCGGCCAUCGCAGACUCGCAAUCAACCCAAUCUUCAGUGCUGGCGGCGUCACACCCAACGACGUCCACAAAUUCGACCGCUUUCUCCACCCUGGUCGCACCGCCGUCGCUACAUUUGUGGGGCCCCUCACUUGGGGCAGUGUACCCUGCCUGGUCUUCCGCAAAUCAGAACAAGGCGACCUGGAAAUGAUAGGCACAGCCACGACCUUACCGCCGAGUUCCAGCAGGAUUGUCACUAAACGCGUGAUAUUGACUGGUAAUCCGUUCAAGAUUCACAAGAAGUUGGUUACUAUCAGGUACAUGUUUUUCAAUCGGGAGGAUGUUGAGUGGUUUAAGGCGUUGCCGCUUUGGACGAAGAGAGGCAGGCAGGGUUUUAUUAAGGAAGCACUGGGUACUCAUGGCUACUUCAAGGCUACGUUUGACGGAGCCGGAAAGACCUUCGAGGAGAGUUGA